AUGGGCGCGGCGAGCUCGAGACUGGAGAAGGCGCUGGGCGAGCAGUUCCCUGAGGGUGAGCGAUACUUCGGUCUCGAGAACUUCGGCAACACCUGCUACUGCAACAGCGUCCUCCAGAUACGGACCCCCAAAAACCGAGAUCGUCGCGUGCACGCGGGCGCCUCGUUUCCUUCGCCCCCAAGGGCGGUACUUUACUUCUGUGUUCCUUUUCGCGAGCAAUUACUGGAGUACUAUGCAAACAAUAAAAGCGCCACUCUGGCACCCCUGCACUGGCCCGCUCAUCACCGUCCCGCGAGUCGGGGACCUCGUCUUCUACUUCCAGCAGGGCCACAUCAAGCAGGCCGGCCAAGCCCCGCCUUCCUCCCCUCCUCGCUUAAUUCUACCCCCGCCUUGCGGUUUCGCGCAGGGAGGCUCUUCUGCUUCGGUUCGCGCGCAGAAUUUACUUGCUCUUUUGGGUUUCUAGGUCAGAUUUGUCGAGUUCUCCCGGUGCUCCCACCCUGGCCUGCCACCACCACCGGUCGCCGGUCUCCGGAGAGGACGCCACCACCACCACCAUGGCAACGAGCCAAGUAUCCUUCAAUCAUCAAGGGGAUCUUCGACCGCUACCAGCAGACCACAGGGACCAGCGUGUGGAACGAGCAGUAUGAGCACACCUGCUUCAACGCCGACACCUCUGUCGUCAUCGCCUUCGAGGACGAUGAGGACACCGCAGGCGCCGUUGGCCUCGACGGCGGCUACCACCGCUACCACAUCGUCGUCACAUACCAAUUCCACAACGGCGUCCAGGCCGUCGAGUCCUUCUGCAGCUGCUGUCAUUGCUCCUUCCAUAGUUUGGGUGGGACUCGUCAGAUCGGCCUCCUAGUUUCCCAUUUCAGGGUGACUAGUGAUGCAGCACACCAAGAAGUAGCAGGCAUACCAAGCAGCAGCAGGGGAGGGGCUCUCUCGAACGUCGCUGCUGCCAGUCAUUGCUACUGUCACUGAUUGAUGAUGGAUGAUCGUUGUUAGUUUAGCUCGAUUGAUGUUCGUUUAGCUCCUUGAUAGUCCCUACCUCUCUUGCAAGCGUCUACUUCUGCUGGUAGAAAUAGAAAUGGUAGCUGUAGUCCCAUGUAGUUGUACUACCAUGUAGUUCCUCUACUCGGCAUGUAGUUCCUCUACUCGUUCUGCCCUUUGUUGAUUCAUUUCUAUGUUACUUUAGUCUUUGUUGAAUGUAUCUAUUAUUUACUAUUGUGUCUGUUGAAAGAAA